AUGGCAACACUCAAACCACCAACAAACACACAUCGCUCCUCGUCAUCAUCCCACAGCUCCGGCCCACCCAAAGCCCCCGUAAAAGCCGACGCAACCGCCACAAUCGCCGACACAGUCGUCUUCCAGGGCACGCAUCCAGUGAUCAUCGGCGCAGGGACAGUGGUACACCCGCGCGCACGAUUCUACGCCUAUGAGGGACCGAUCUAUGUCGGCGACAGCUGCAUCAUCUGCGAAAAAGCCGUAAUUGGAGCAGCGCCGAGUCCGUCGAGUCGAUCGGCGUCGCCGUCCAGAACCGCUGAUCCAAACACAACAACAGGAACGGACCCGAAGAAGGAAACAGCGACGCGGAUCUCAUAUUUCGUGACGGUUGGACCGUUGUCGACCGUCGAACCGGGUGCGCAUGUUCAUUCUGCUGCGACCAUUGAGGCUCUCGCGAUAAUCCGCCGUGGUGCCGAGAUUGGGUCUCACGCGAAGGUGUGUUCAGGUGUUGAAGUUGCUGCUAGCGGUCCUGUCGGUGAAUGGGUUGUGGUCUGGGGCUCUGGGCCUGGACAGCGGAGGAAGAGAGCGCGUGGCGUAAAAGCUAUGAGUCCUGCUGUGGUUGGCGCGUCACAGAUCACACAGACGCCUCUUCCUGCGCCUGCACCAGAAGGAAGGGUUAUUGAGGAUGCGAGGUUGAUGGUAUUGCAGAAAGAGAGGGAGGUUCUGGGGAGGAUGCUUGUUCCUGCGGCUGGGGGAAGAAAGAAAUGA